UACAUGGAAGUAAGAAUGAUACUGGCUGUCAAUAUUUAUGGCAAUUGGUAUGUAGACAUAAGAUAGGCCAUGCUUCAUCAGUCGAACAUUAUGGUGUAAAGAAUGAUAGACCAAUUAUUCCA